CACACACCUUCAUCCGACUUGCAUCGCUCAAAUCCCGGCAUCGGCAUCGGGUAGCAUGUUCUUCGUCAAAGAGGAGGAGCGUGUCAUCACGCUGCACCCCUCUUUCUUUGGUCCGCACAUCAAGCGUUAUCUGGACGAUAAGCUGCUCAGCGAUGUGGAGGGAACUCUGCAGGGUGAUUAUUUUGUUGUGUGUGUGCUAGAGCCACACGAGUAUUCUGAGGGCAAGAUUGUGCCUGGAAGCGCGUUUGCAGAAUACAAGGUUCACUAUCGUGCCAUUGUAUGGAAGCCUUUUAAGGGCGAGAUCGUUGACGCGCAGGUCUCUGCCAUCCAGCCUAACGGCUUCUUUGUUGCCAUAGGUCCCAUGCAGGUAUUCAUUGGCCGCGCACAAAUUCCAUCGGACAUCAAGUACGAUGCGCAAGCCACGCCACCGCAAUGGACGGACCAUGCGGAUCAGAUCAUCGAGAAGGGAACUCAGAUUCGUCUUCGUCUGAAGGGUAUUCGUAGUGAAAUGGGUAGCCUGUUUGCGAUUGGUGGUAUCCGAGAGGAUUAUCUUGGCGUCCUGGAGGGUUGAAUGUUACUCUCCCACCGGCAUGUCCGGUUUUUUUUUUCGCUUCACAUCAACAUGGAAAUAGCGUGGUCCCCUUCGAAGCAACUAUGAAGAUUCUAACUAGAGCCUUCAUGUCCCAGAUGCAGAAGAAGAAGACCUCGAAGAAGUUUGAUCACAGCACGCGCCUUGACGGCGUUGUCAAUCGCGAUGAUCACCAAAUUGAACUGACACCACCUAAGGGCCAAAUGAAUCGAUUCUUAGUCAUGACAUUUACAUACAUGCAGAUGCCGCGAUCGCGGUCCAGAGUCGGAAAGGGAGAGAACAGUCUAGAACCGUUGUGCAAAAUAGGAUCAGAGCUCUGGGUAGGACAAUUGAAGGCCAUAAAAAUUGUAAUACUAGUGCUUAACCAGCCAUUAACCGAAAGCUGCAAAACGUAUAUGAACUCCGCAGUUUGCACUUGGAAAUUAAAAUGACCGAUCUUUAAACA